GCGACCUGCCCAAUGAUGGAGCCCAUGGCGAAAUUCUUCACCGUUUUCGGACCCUACAUUAAAACCCUCGAAAUUCGCAAGUGUUUUUGGAUGGGGCACAAUUUUCCCGUUAUCAUCGACGGGGUGCCAAACUUGGAGAGUCUCUCGUUCGUAGGCCGCGUCUCUGGCGAGGACUGCGUUUACCCGAACGUGGAGCGAGACGAUGUCACGAGGCUGGCGACCAUUUCAAAAUUUCUGUUCUGGCCGAGGCUGAAAUUCCUCUCGUUGGACGUGCGAAGCCAUCCGGACGACGAUUUCAGCUUCAGGCUGGAUCCAGGGACCAUACAACCGUUCCUGAUUCAACUCCUCAUCGCCUCCCCGAACUUGGAAACGUUUAAUUUUCGCAGUAAUCCUGAACAGAGCUUUGCACGCAUGGUUUUUCACACGCUGCUCUCUCAAGAUGAGAUAAAAUUGAAGAAACUAACCCAUAUUUGCGCCCUCCCGAUCCGCCAAGUUUCGCCGAGUGAGGUGCACGCCUUGCGGAUGAAAACGUUUCCCUUGACCGACCUGAGUUUGGACAUUUGUUGUGCGAGGAUUACUGUGGCGAUGUUGCACGACCUCCUCUCCUCAGUGGGGGCCACGUUGAAACGGCUCUACCUCAAGUUCCUCCUUCCGGACGACAUUCUCUGUCGGGAGUUCCCCUCUUCGAAACGUUUGAAGGAAUUGAGGCUCCUCACGUUGAUAAAUUACAGAGGAAAUUUGGGCUUCGUGGCGGAUCUGGUGAAGCUGAAGGUCCUGCAUUUGGACCAGACCUUGCCCAACAUGGUUUUUGAAGGGGUGGGGAAUGAGGGGAAGGUGUAUGCCUUUCCGUUCUCGUUGAGGCUGGAUCCGCUCCGGUAUCGCAACGGCGUGGGGGAGAGGCGUAUCUUUCUAUGCAGCUAAAUAAGUGUAAAUGUUACAUGUUUGCAUAUAUGAAUUUUGUAGGUGAUGGAUGAGCACAAGUUUAGAAAUUGGCACAGCGACAAGUUUUUUUGCAAGAGGUGACGUGUGUACUUUUACUAUGCGAUUAUCGUCAUCAUUAUAACGUAUAGAGUAUAAGUUUAUUGUAAGUAUGUAUGUAAUGUGUGGGACUUUGUGAAUUUUGCGGCUUCCAGUUCAUGAAAUGUUUGAACAGAUGAAAAGUUUGUUUUGUUUAUCAGUUUCUUUUUCAUGUUAAGCGUAUAAUAUUGCAGGAUUUAGCUGUAAUGUGUGUUCUGUAUAUACAAUAAGAAGAUGUACAGAGAGUGAAUCAAGAUACAAAACUCACUUUUAUUUAUUUUUCUACAGCUUUAUUCCUCGUUUGUGAAUUUUGUAAAUUGCUUCAAUGUGUAGCCCAUUAGUUUGUCUAACGAGGUGCAAUCGCUUUUUGUACGCUAGUAUCACGUUUAACAAUUUUUUGGAGUGAUUUUGUUCCACUCGUUUUGAAAAGUUUUCCAAAACCCACUUAGCGCCCAAGCCGUCCGCUUUAAAAUCUCUGCUUCAAGUAAUAAAAACCAAAAUAAUCUAUCUGAAUAAUGUCAUUCGACUCGUCAAGAGCAAUUGCAGUUAAAAAUUUAUUUCGGGAAAAUAAGUUUUCAAACAGUUAUCGCGAAGUUGCUUCGAAAAACUUGAUGUAAGACGGCUUGGGGGCGUACACAAGGUCCUCCUCCGCGCUAAUCUAUUUAUGUCAAAUUGAAUGAUCCUAAAAACUAUUGCCUGACUCAGCCCCAACAUUUUGCGUACUUUUCUGGGCUCACGGAUUUUCCUUAUUGCUAGAAUUUGCAAUAUAGUACAACUCAUCCUCGAUUCUGGCUGAUCUUGGACGCCACUUUGGUGGAGGUGGAACCCUAGCCAAUGAUCCCUGCCUCUUCAUGGCAGUGCCAUUUAAUACACUGGAAACAUGGCUUUGACUGGCACUUGAAUUCAGUUGUCGCCAGUUUCUUAACAAUUUUUUAUGGUACAAUUUAUCUUUGGAAAACUCUAAUACGGCUACCUCGCACUCCGUGGGGGGGAGUGGGGGCAUGUUGAUGCACAGAACUAAAAGUUGUUUUGCGAACUGUUCCUUGACUAUCUGGGUACAACACAUGCAAAUUCCAAUAAUCCCAGGUCUCUCUAACAAAUGUUAUAUCAAAAAUAAAAGUGAGUUUUGUAUCUUGAUUCACGCUCUGUAUGAAAUGAACUCUUUGGUGAGAAUCAUAUAAAUACGAUGCAGUAUAGAUUUGCAUAUGUAUGUAUUUUCUUAGGAUUAGAGGGUACGGAACAGGGAAAUGUUCCCGUGUUCUUGUUACGUAAAGGACAAUGGGACAUUCGCCAAGAAUUUUAUGUUGAGAGGAAGAAGUGAACCGUAUGCAUUACACGAGAUAAUCUGCAAUGUCCGUCCUGACACGUAGUUCUUAUAUCCUCGCUGCUGCUUAAUUUGAAUCUGUAUCGUGUCUAAUUAUUUCGUCACAUUUGACAAUGGAGGAGGAGGAGGAGGAGGAAGAGUACGGUGAAGAUAAUGGCGACGACGACUUUGAGGACAUCAUGUACAGCAGUUACCUCAACCCACAUCCAAUGCUCAUCCCCACGAUUGUGAGCCAAAUCCUUAUGGAAUUUUCAUACACCGAACUGAAGCAGUUUCGCUUGGUCUGCACAUCUUGGGAAUUCGAGGCGUCCUCCAUCCUGAAGAGCAAGACUCAAAUCCGAUUCGCCUCCCUCGCCCAAGUGACCGCUUAUAUCACCCAACUCGACGAAAACUACUGUUGCGACAGCUACGAAUUUGGUCCCGACGUGCCCAUGCUCUCCUGCAAUAUGCAAAUCUUCUUCGAUACUUUCGGCCCGGAUGUGAAAUGUCUCAAACUGCACCAAACUGAGUGGACGGGACCCGAAUUGUGGGACAUCUUAUCGCGAAAACUCCCCUCUUUGGAGGAACUCAGUGUGCGAAUCUUCAUUCCAAGAGAGGCCAACUUUCUUCCGAUCGGUUCCACCCGGGUUUUAGGAACGAUCCGGAUUUUAAAGUUGAAUUUCUCCAUAGAAAAACCAUACAAGGCGUCCCCCCCGCCGCCCGAGGAGGUCGUGUGUCCCACCAUUUUGAAAGAACUCCUCCUCGCGAUGCCCUCCCUGGAGGAGAUUUAUUGCCCCAGUUGGCCCACCUACGUCCGUCCAGAUAAAGUUGUCAGCGGGCUUUUCUACAACGUAAUUUUUGCCUACCCGGAAAUCAAGUUUGCGAAAUUGUCCUACAUCCACAUCAAUGCGGCGCUGGAUAACGCCCAACUUUUCGCACUGAUGGAUAAGAAUUUUCCGCUAAAAGAAUUACGCCUCGAGCUCCACCCGGACGUGCAACCGUACGCGUUCUACUUUCUCUUGAAGAGUUUGGAGGCCACGUUGAAAACUUUGAUCCUGAUUUUUCACCCGGAUUAUGACGCGGAAAACUUUGAUCAGUUUCCGACCCUGCGGAAUUUGGAGUAUUUGUCCCUCCACAAGUAUUGCGGGCCGGUGGAUGGCGUGGUGAAAUACUUGCCCAGGUUGAAGACGCUGCUUCUGAAUGAUUCUUAUGUGACGGAUGAGUCGUGUGAGGAUGGAGGCGGAGGCGAUGAGGAGGCGAGAUUUCGUGCCAAUCGGUUGGAAGAGUUGGUCAUCGAGGGGGUCACGUACUGUCCGCACGCACAGUUGAACGUGCUGACCAGGAAGUUUCAAAAUUUGAAGAGGCUUCGUGUUCAGCAUGUGGACGAUGAGAUGUUGAGGCUGGUUUUUGCGAGGUUGGGAGGCCUGGAAGAACUCGUGGCGGAUGGGAAAUUUACGGACGCGGGGGUUUGUGGGAUACCGAUUGACAUUUGUCAGAAUAUCUUUGACGUGCCGGAUAUCGAUAGGGUCCGGUAUCACCCGUAUAUUGGGAGGCUACAGAAUUUGCAACGACUUUCCCUGAAUUCGUGGGCGAUCAGCUACUUAUCCGUCCUCCUGGGAAUAAACGACUGCAAAAAGUUAAAAUUUAAGCGACUCGUGUCACCACAGAUUAUGGCCUCGUCUCGGUAAAAUUGUGUUUGAAUAUGCAUAGACGUUCUUUUACUCGGAUAAAUAAAUAUGUACCCCAAUUUGAGACGGAA